UUACAUUAAUCACAUGACAGCACGUGAGAUGUCACUGUGAAUUUUACUAGUUCAGAGUGAAUUUUUCUUCGUACUCCAUCAACGUCGCAACGCAGCUGACUGGACUCCCCUCAGCAUUGAAUUAAGAAAAAACAUACAAAAUCAUCAAGAAAAAUUAUAAAUUUUUCUAAACAGAGUGUGAGGAAAUUCCAAUUGGAAGUAAAGAAAAACAAGUGUAAGAAAACCCACUAAAAAUGGCUCUUUCUGCAUCCCAAGCUCACAAGGAGCAUGUCCUAGCUGUUUCUCGGGAUUUCAUUUCCCAACCUAGAUUGACCUACAAAACCGUGUCCGGUGUAAACGGUCCCUUGGUCAUUUUGGAUGAAGUUAAAUUCCCCAAAUUCGCUGAAAUCGUACAGUUGCGUUUGGCUGAUGGUACUGUACGUUCUGGUCAAGUAUUGGAAGUCAGUGGCUCCAAGGCUGUCGUCCAAGUCUUCGAAGGUACCUCUGGCAUUGAUGCCAAGAACACAUUAUGUGAAUUCACCGGUGACAUUUUGCGUACCCCCGUAUCUGAGGAUAUGUUGGGUCGUGUCUUCAACGGCUCCGGCAAGCCCAUCGACAAAGGUCCCCCAAUUUUGGCUGAAGAUUUCUUAGAUAUCCAAGGUCAACCCAUCAACCCCUGGUCUCGUAUCUACCCCGAGGAAAUGAUCCAAACUGGUAUCUCAGCCAUUGAUGUAAUGAACUCUAUUGCUCGUGGUCAGAAGAUUCCCAUUUUCUCAGCUGCUGGUUUGCCCCACAAUGAAAUUGCUGCCCAAAUUUGUCGUCAAGCUGGUUUGGUUAAGGUUCCCGGUAAAUCUGUUUUGGAUGAUCAUGAAGAUAACUUCGCUAUUGUAUUCGCUGCUAUGGGUGUUAACAUGGAAACUGCCCGUUUCUUCAAACAAGAUUUCGAAGAGAACGGUUCUAUGGAAAAUGUGUGCUUGUUCUUGAAUUUGGCCAACGAUCCCACCAUUGAACGUAUCAUUACCCCACGUUUGGCUUUGACUGCUGCCGAAUUCUUGGCCUACCAAUGCGAGAAACACGUCUUGGUCAUCUUAACCGAUAUGUCCUCCUAUGCUGAAGCUUUGCGUGAAGUAUCCGCUGCCCGUGAAGAAGUACCCGGUCGUCGUGGUUUCCCCGGUUAUAUGUACACUGAUUUGGCCACCAUUUACGAACGUGCCGGUCGUGUUGAAGGUCGUAACGGUUCCAUCACACAAAUUCCCAUUCUUACUAUGCCUAACGAUGAUAUCACCCAUCCAAUUCCUGAUUUGACUGGUUACAUUACUGAGGGUCAAAUUUACGUUGAUCGUCAAUUGCACAACAGACAAAUCUAUCCUCCAGUCAAUGUGUUGCCCUCUUUGUCACGUUUGAUGAAAUCUGCCAUCGGUGAGGGUAUGACCCGUAAGGAUCACUCUGAUGUAUCCAAUCAAUUGUAUGCUUGUUAUGCCAUCGGUAAGGAUGUACAAGCUAUGAAGGCUGUCGUCGGUGAAGAAGCUUUGACUCCUGAUGAUUUGUUGUACUUGGAAUUCUUGACCAAAUUCGAAAAGAAUUUCAUCUCACAGGGUAACUACGAAAACCGUACUGUAUUCGAAUCUUUGGAUAUUGGUUGGCAAUUGUUGCGUAUCUUCCCCAAGGAAAUGUUGAAACGUAUUCCAGCUUCUAUUUUGGCUGAAUUCUAUCCCAGAGAUUCACGUCAUUAAAUUUGUUUUUACAUUAAUAAUAUAUUUUUUUCGUCAUUAUCUGUUUAUUUUAUUUGUUUAUUAAAUUUUUAGUCUAAAAGCUUUUUUGCAAGCUUUUGAAAUAUUUGUUCUCUUUAAUUGCAAUAAUUAUACAACAAAAGCACAUUAAGCAAAUCACUGUUAAAUUUAAAUUAAAGAUAAAGUUAAAACCAUUUAGUAUGAUGUCAACGAAAAUAUAGAGCAAUUUUAAAUUUUCAGUCAUCAAAGCCAAAAAAUUAUUAUAAAAUUAACAACAACAACAAAUUAUAAUACUAAUUGUAUAUAAACAAAAUAUAUAUAGUAUAAAAAAGGAAGAAAUGGAACACAAUGUAAAAACAAAAUCUAUUUUAAAGCAAUAUUUACUUACAAACAAAAAGUCGCCGCCCGCCAUAAAAUCUUGUUUUAAAAAUGAUAUUUGUUUUUUAUUUAAAAAGUGUUAAGGGUUUACUACUACUAAAAUAAUACAUAUACAUUUAUCGCCCAAUAACAACAACAACGUAAAAAAAUGCAAUAGCAAAUUAUUUUUAUUUUAGUAAAAAGGAAAAAUCAUUUGCGUUUUGUUAAAAUUAUUAAAAAAAAAUAAACAACUGUUUGUUUCUUUGUUAGUUUUUAAGUUUUAAAACACAUGUAUUAAUUAAAAUGUCUGUUUAUUGUUUUUCUUCUUUUCAUUUUACAAAAAUCUAUUUUAUUUUGCUGUUAUAAACAAAAUUAUCUAUCAUAUUAUACACCUCUCUCUUGUUAAACAAAGUGGUAAAAAAUGCAAAUUCUUUAUAUAAUUACACAGCAUUCCAAAAAAACAAAAAUAAAAACAUACAUUACAUUUUAAA